AUGGGGAGGCAGACUCUUUCCUCACUUGCAUUGCUCCUUUCUCUGCUUGCUAGCACCACAAAUGCGGCAUCAGACCCUCCACGACCGCGUGGUGUAGGUCCUGAUUUCGCCAAAUUCUACAAAGAUACCGAGACAUUCACUUGUAUCUCCAACCCCAGCAUCAAGCUCGAUAUUUCCCGACUGAACGACGAUUACUGCGACUGCCCUGACGGCUCAGACGAACCUGGCACAUCCGCGUGCUCCUAUAUCUCUCCACUUUCUCCUCCCCAACCUUCGACGGUCAAGCUUGGCUCAUUUGACGAGAACCUCGCCCUGCCAGGGUUUUACUGCAAGAACAAGGGCCACAUUCCCAGCUACAUUCCCUUCACGAACGUGAACGACGGCAAGUGCGAUUACGAGCUGUGCUGCGACGGCAGCGACGAAUACGAGGGCAUUGGCGGGGUAAAAUGCCCCGACCAGUGCGCUAAGAUUGGAAAGGAGUGGAGAAAGCAGGACGAGGCGCGGCAGAAGAGCCUGAACGCUGCGCGACAGAAGCGCAAAGAGCUGGUGGCCGAGUCUGGGCGUUUGAGGAAGGAGGUCGAGGACCGGAUAUCAACCCUCAAGGCACAGAUUGAAGGUCAGACACAAAAAGUGGAUGCACUGACAAAGAGCUUGGCCGAGAUCGAGCGCGCGGAGAAGGGCAGGGUAGUCAAGGGUGCAGGCAAGAGUGGCAAGGUCACAGUGCUAGCUAGCCUGGCAAAAGGCAGGAUUCAGGAGCUCACUGAGAUUGUUGAGCGGGUGCGCCGGGAGCGUGAUGCAGCCAAGGGGAGAAUCGACGAGCUCGAGGGCAUGCUGAAACGCUUCAAGGAGGAGUACAACCCCAACUUCAACGAUGAGGGUGUGAAGCGCGCCGUCAAAGCGUGGGAGGACUAUGCGGCACAGGACUGGCCUGGACCAGAUGCUGCCCGCGACCGCGACCUCGACGACAUCCUAAAGCCCGAUUCUGAGAGCGCUAUCAAGUGGGACGAGUUCGAAACUGUUGAAGAAUCUGACGUUGACGUCCUCUAUCAAUUCGAGAACUACCUACCUGAAUCUGUCAGGACCUGGGUAGAUACAAAGCUACGCGAUCUUCGAGUAACACUGAUCGAGAACGGCAUCCUUGCGAACCCCAACACCGACAGUCCCGAGUCCAAAGCCGUCACAGACGCCAAAACCCAACUCGAGUCUGCCACUCGCGAGCUUGCCAACGACAGGACUGAGCUUACUAAGCACGAAGAAGACCUCACCAAGGAUUACGGUCCGGACUCCAUCUUCCGCGCCCUGAACGGCCGCUGCGUUAGCCAGGACAGCGGCGAAUACACGUACGAGCACUGCUUCCUUAGCAAGACCACCCAGAAGUCGAAGAAAGGUGGCGCUCACACUGGCAUGGGCAACUUUGUGCGUAUUGAGAUCGUCACUGUUGAUGAGACCCUGCCGGCCGAUGGUAAGGGGUUGGGAAGCGGUGACCGGAUCGCAUUGAAGUACGAGAAUGGACAACACUGCUGGAAUGGACCGAACCGUAGCACGACCGUCAUCUUGGCAUGUGCUGAAAAUGAUGAGGUGUGGAAGGUUGUAGAGGAGGAGAAGUGUGUAUAUAGGAUGGAGGUUGGUACGCCAGCGGUUUGUGGGGUGGAUGUCAAGAAGCCGGAUGUGCCUGAGCACAAUGAACUAUAG